AUGGCCAAGGCGCAGGAAACGAUGAACUUCGCGUUCAGACCACCUUCCUCCAUGUUGAUUGUCACUCACUACCCAUGUCAAGCGGCGCCUUCCGAUGGAGCAAGCUCACGGUCGAUAUCAAAGAUGUUGCGCUGGAUGCGGGGCUUUAACGAACAAGGGAACACGGUCAUCAAAACCCAGCUCGGACCUCUAUACCACACGCGAAACACGAGACGCUCUCCUAGGUCGGUCUACCGUCUGCGGCAGGUCAUGGUCGGCCUCUGCGGCCUGCGAGUCCACCGUCGCAGCUUCUGUUGCUCGAAUAUCACUUGA